AUGAAUUAUCACCGCCAUUUAUGUAGCCCACAUGGAAAGGCGCGCGGGAACUCCCUCUUCGAUGAUGAAUCUCUCAAAAAGGCAUUCGCACGGGUGUCCAUCGGAUCCGUUCUGAACUUUCUGCUGAGCUCGAACAUGCUGCAGGCCAAGUGGUCCAAAUUAGAAAUAAUUGACGAAUUAUACAGACGAAGGGUCGACAAGAAGCUUUCAUUUCAUUUGCAUGUUUUGUAUGGGCUGGGUUCCAAGGGGUUACACUUGAGGAGGAAGGGGAUCAUAUCGCCCGUGCUGUUUCAGCCCCUGCUGGAUUACAGCCAGUUUGCUUACAUUGUGCAGGUGAUGAAAAUUGCAGACAGGGAGAGGCAAAUCGGAACGCAUGAGCAGGCCGAUUUCGUUCGGAGCUUCUUCAGAGGGUAG